GUUUCACCUAGGUAUUUACGUCAAGGUUAAAUACUUAAAGUUGCUUUUGAUUAACUAAAUGUCAAAGUCAAAAUUUCACAAUAAGUAUGAAAAUUAACAAAAUUGCAAAUAUAUAGGACAUAAUAUUUGAUUACAUAUUUUGGAUAAUAUAUAUUCAGCCACUUUUAGAAAAAUGUUUUUGAUUAGCGAAUGGAAUGUACUGACCGCAAAAUAUGAUUAGAAUAUUUUUAAUAUUAAUAUAUAUUCAAUACAUAUACUCCUACCAAUCUAACAAACCCUGUGAUGAAAGUUGGUGGAAAACAGCAACAUUCUAUCAAAUCUAUCCGAAGUCCUUCAAAGAUAGUGACGGAGACGGAAUAGGAGACCUACAGGGCGUAAUAGAAAAAUUGGAUUACAUAAGGAACUUGGGAGUGACUGGUAUAUGGUUGUCGCCCAUUUUUAAAUCACCAGAAAAGGAUCAGGGAUACGACAUUAGCGAUUAUAGGGACAUCAAUCCAAUGUUUGGAACGUUAGAAAUAUUUCAGCAGCUUGUAAAUGAAGUACAUAAAAGACGUUUGAAAAUUAUUGUGGAUUUUGUGCCGAAUCAUACCAGUGAUAAGCAUGAGUGGUUCGAAAAAUCAGUAAAUAGAGAAGACAAAUAUGAAGAUUAUUAUAUCUGGAAAGGCGAUGAAAACAGUACUGGGCCUCCAAAUAAUUGGAUAAGCAAUUUUAAAUUUUCUGCAUGGGAAUGGAACGAAAAUAGAAAACAGUAUUACUUGCAUCACUUUCUGAAAGAACAACCUGAUCUGAAUUUUAGAAAUCAUCAUGUAAGGAACGAAAUGAAAGAUAUCCUAUCUUAUUGGCUCGUUCAAUUCAAUGUCGAUGGUGUACGAAUUGAUGCAGUACCUUUCUUAAUAGAAGAGAAAAAUUUUAGAGACGAACCCAGAUCUAAUGAUCCCACUGCCACUGAAAUAGACUAUGAAUAUUUGAAUCAUAUUUACACUUUAAAUCAACCAGAAAGCUAUGAAUUGGUUUACGAAUGGAGGGCUCACGUUGAACGAACAUCGGCUAUAUCGGGACAAGAAAAAAUUUGCAUGUCAGAAGCUGUUCAACCUACAGACAUGGUGAUACCUUAUUACGGAUCAGCUGACGGUUCUAGACUUGGAGCACAUUUUUCGUUUAAUUUCAUAUUGCUGCAAGAAUUAAAAUCAACUUCCAAUGCCAAGGACUUAGCGAAUCUGAUAAACGAGUGGUUGAAUAAACUACCUACAAAAUAUACUUCAAAUUGGGUGCUCGGCAGUCACGAUGUUCAUCGAGUAGCGACCAAAUUUGGUAAAGAAAGAGUGGAUUUAUUAAAUAUGUUGACAGGAUUCCUUCCAGGGAUUCAAGUAACAUAUAACGGCGAAGAAAUAGGUAUGGAAAACGGCCCUGUGCCAUGUAUGUUUGGCCACGACCACGUUUACAACUGCACCACGUAUCCCAACAUUAGUAGAGAUUUUGAAAGGACGCCCAUGCAAUGGGACAAUAGCAAAUGUGCUGGUUUUACUAAUGUAACGAGAACAUGGCUACCUGUCAGCUACAAAAAGUUAGAAUGCAACGUUUUUGAUCAAGAAAAAAAUGCAAAGAGUCACUUGAAUAUAUACAGAGAUAUUCAAAAAUUGAGAACGCUGUUAAAGCAACAAACCCAAAUUCAACUAAAAGUACUGGAUAAAAAUAAAAACAUCCUAGAAAUUGUUAGAUUUAAUAAUGCAAUGGAGGGACAUAGAAAAACUGAUAUUUUUGAAAUGAUUCUGAAUUAUGGAAAUGAGAGUGUCGUUGUACCUAUAACCGAAGAGCCUCCAUUUCAAGUCAUGCUGAGAAGUGGAAAUUCUCCUAAGAAAUGUGGAGAGAUAAUUAAUGGGAAACAUAUAACUAUGGACCCAUACGAAGCCAUAAUAUUCAGACCAACUAAGCGUUUACCUCAAAAAUAAAAUAUUUGCUGUAUUGAGUAUUUACUUAUUUUUGUUAAAUAAAUUAUUGUAUCUAAUA